GGUGCACAGCCCCUGGUUAUAAGUCGUGGGAGUGGGAGCUCAGCCUGCUUGGACCCACAGCCUUUAGCCCAGUAUACACUGCCUUGCUGCCUGCCUGACUGCCUGACUGACUUGACUGACUGACUGAGUCUCACCCCACUCUUACUCACUCCCUCUCUGUCCUGCUCCCUCGCUCCUUCCCUCCUACUUUCCACCCUGGUGAGCGAGAGCGCACAGAUUGGGAAGGUGCUCCUCAGACCUGCGUCUGGACAGCUUGAAGACGGCACAGAGAGGAUUUUUCACUCUUCUCUCGCUUGCUCUUUCCUCCUCUCUCUCUCUCUCUCUCUCUUACUUUAGCCAUUUCUGCCAAAAAGCACAUGGAUGGACUUUUUUGUUUUUUGCUGGAGGCAGAAAAAUAAAAGUUAAACAGACACUUUGCUCCACCUGCAGUUGAAAAUAUCCAUUUUUUUAACUUUGGUUGUGUUUUUUUCCUGAACUGGACCAAUUCAGGGUGCCUGCUCUUUGCCCAGGAGGAUCCCACUCCUCUUUUUUGGCUGCAUGUUCAUUGAAUAUCUGAUGCCAUCGCAUCCCAUGGGAGACACGCGUGGCUGAAGCAAGGAGGGAGGUAGAAGAGAGAUCCACCUGAAGCUCACACCUACCGCUGCCCUUACCCAGUGCAUCCCCCUUCCCCUCAACGCUGUGAGGAGAGAAAGUUCUUUGUGUGUGACGUCUGAAUCCUGGGAUGCUGGUGACAAUGCUGUUGGCUCCUGUCUGCGUGCUACUGAUGCUGGGGGCGCGUGCUCUUGCUGGAGGCUAUCCCCCAAUACCCCACAUGAAAUACAUGCAACCCAUGAUGAAAGGGCCUAUUGGACCCCCAUUCAGAGAGGGCAAGGGACAUUACGUUGAUAUGCCACCCAUGAUGGAAGUGAAGGGGGAACCAGGCCCCCAAGGGAAACCUGGACCAAGAGGCCCCCCUGGUCCAGCAGGACCUCCAGGAAAACCUGGGCUGGGCAAGCCAGGUCUCAAUGGCCAGCCAGGCCCUCAGGGGCCUUCUGGUUUUCCAGGAAUUGGUAAACCUGGACUUCCAGGUCUCCCAGGAAAGAUUGGGCCAAAGGGGAUGCAGGGGCUUAAUGGCGAGGUUGGCCCACGUGGUGAACCAGGUCCCAGAGGUCUUCCAGGGCAGCCAGGCCUCCCUGGCCCAGCUGGCCUGUCUCUGAAUGGGAAACCUGGGCUUCCAGGUAUCAGAGGUCCCCCUGGGGCUCGGGGAGAACCAGGACUAAAGGGUGUAACUGGCCAACCAGGUGAGCGUGGGCUUAAGGGUGAGAAUGGAAAUGGGAAUCCAGGGCCUCCAGGUCUAAGGGGUUCUCCUGGGUUGAAAGGCAAUGCAGGACCACCUGGUCUUCCAGGUAUAGGCAAGCCAGGACUAAAAGGUUUGCCUGGGCUGCCAGGUCUUAAAGGUGAUCAUGGACUCCCAGGGGAUCGAGGAGAACCAGGAGAGGCUGGGGCACCAGGUCUACAAGGUCUGCCAGGGCCAGUUGGAUUAGGGAAGCCUGGGCUAGAUGGACUGCCGGGAGCACCAGGUCCGCUAGGUCCAAAAGGUGAGGCAGGGCCCAGGGGUUCUCCUGGAUUUCCUGGGACUCCUGGCUAUGGAAAACCUGGUCUAAGUGGGCCAAAAGGAGAAAAGGGUCAUAGUGGGUUGCCUGGGCUCCCAGGGGACAAAGGAGAACAAGGAAUGGUGGGCCUAAUUGGGGAACCAGGCCUUGAUGGACAACCAGGACCACCAGGACUUCAAGGCCCAAUGGGACUCCCAGGAAAACAUGGAAUGCCUGGACAGAAGGGAGAGCUGGGACCCCAGGGCCCUCCAGGACUGCCUGGCCUCAGAGGUGACCAAGGCCCUAGUGGACCCUUUGGAAAACCUGGCAUCCCUGGGGAAAAAGGCAUCCCUGGGCCUAAUGGUCCGAUUGGAAAACCUGGACCCAAAGGUGAGGCAGGGCAUAUUGGUCUUCCGGGGAAUCCAGGGCUGACAGGUGUUCAAGGGCCUAAAGGUGAGACAGGGUUCAUAGGGACUCCUGGCCCAAGGGGCCAGUCAGGCAUUCCUGGUCUUCAGGGGCCUAUGGGUCCCAUGGGGCCACAAGGUGCCCCUGGCCCAAAGGGUGAACCCGGACUUCCAGGGCCUCAAGGACUGGGUAAGGUGGGAGAGAAGGGAGCCAUUGGUCCCCAAGGUCCUCCAGGGAAACCGGGUCCUGCUGGGCUUAAUGGUAACUCUGGCCCUCCAGGGCCUCCAGGGCCCCCUGGUCCUCCGGGAAAUGGCCAAACAGUUGUUGCAGGGCCAACAGAUUCACAGUUGGAAGGAGAUGAAGUACCAGGGGACAGGAAGGGGCCUGCAUACAGUCAAGUUCCAAUCUCUGCCUCUGUGGCACCAGCCUUCACGGCCAUCCUCACCACACCUUUCCCUCCCUCUGCCAUGCCAAUCAAAUUUGACAGGACCCUGUACAACGGGCAAAAUGCCUACAGCUCUGCUACUGGCAUGUUCACUGCUCCUUUAUCUGGUGUCUACUACUUUGCAUACCACAUGCAUGUAAAGGGAACUAGCCUCUGGGUGGCACUGUACAAGAACAAUGUACCAGCCACUUACACCUAUGAUGAAUACAAGAAAGGCUACAUGGACCAGGCGUCCGGUAGUGCUGUCCUAGAGCUAAAGGAGGGUGACCAGGUAUGGGUCCAGAUGCCCUCGGAUCAGGCAAAUGGCCUAUAUUCUACCGAGUACAUCCACUCCUCCUUCUCAGGAUUCCUGCUUUGUCCCACAUAACCUGUCCUGUCCUUUCAUUCAAACAUGUUUCUGUAUUGGCACCUCAGAACAGCCCUAAAUCUAAAAUACCUGCAGCCAUAAUAGAAACACAAAACCCAUAGGAUUCUCAGUAGUAUUGCCGUCAUCUUUAUCUGUCUCACCCUCAACAACAUCAGUGAAAGAAAAAAACAAACUUUGUGAAUGAAAUUUGAAAGUUUUAAAAAGGCAGAGGAAGGAAUUUCAUACUGUGUUUUUUGUUUCAAUGUCUGGGUUGUAUUUUAUAUUGGUGUUUUUAAGCUUAUAUUAUUUUAAUUAUUAUAUUGUCAUAAUUUUAUUGUUAUUAUUUGGUCCUUGUCAUCAUUGUUUAUUGUUUAUUGGAUUCAGUCUAUUAAGUGCCUUACUUUGAAAUGUGCUAGUAACAGACCUUCCCGUGUGACUGCACAUCCUGCCCUCAUGCUCUGACAUCAAAAGGACAACAUCACCAGACCCUGGGGGGUGAUUGGUACCUCUGGCUGCAGUCACGUCCCCCUUCUUAUUUAAACCGUGAAUGGCAAUACUGACAUACAAGAGCAACAACACAAAAUAGAUAAUGUAGACAAACUAUAGCAAGACAAGGCAUUUGGUGCUGUAAUACCAUAACUUUUCACAUUUGUUUUGUUUUACCUUUUGGGUACUCUAAACAAUUGCUAUGUUUGAAUUAUUAAUGGGAUUUUUUUGUUUGUUUUUAGAGUGAGAUAUAUCUUUUGAAAGUUAGUUGGCAUAGGCAUCUAUUGGGUGCGUAUUUCUCUGCUUCUUUCUGAAUUUAGUAGCUGACCAUUUAAAAUGAUGGAUCUUUGUUUUUCUUAUAAUUUAUUGAAAUGUCCAGAAAUGCAAUCCAAGGAUAAAUAGGACCUCGCAGUAUUAGAAUUAAAAAAAUUGAACUGCCCUUUUAAAGAGGAUCAACACCAUCAUGCAUGAACAAUGCCUUUUUAACUUUCAGGACUAUAUUAAUUGAGAACGAUAUGUAUGCAUACAGUCAAUGUUUACAUUCCGUAGAAUAGAUACUGAGAGCAACUGCGAAAUGGACAUUAAGGAAACUAUAGCUGGAUUGAUGGCCCAUUUUCUUGUAUUGAUCUGACUUUUCCCAUUUGCACUGCACAUCUCAUGCCUAUAUCACAGGCAUCCUCUUCAGAUGCUGUGACCAUGACAUCACUGCUUUCAAAUGGUAUACGAUCUAUUAAUAAAUCAGGAUCACAUUAAUAUUCCAAGUGAGCAAUCUGUACUGCCAGUCUAUUAAAGCCCAAUUCUGACCACAUGUUGCAAAAUCUGUGAAGGUGCUGUAAACUUGUUCCUGUUUAAGAAAAUAGGGAGGCAAUUGGAUGACAAAUAAGAAAUGCUUCUAUGUGAAUUGUCGCUGAGCAAUUUUGAAUCCUUUGUAGGUCUGAAUGAAAAGACGUUCUAUUAAUUCCCAAACCAGUGUGUCACAAAUAGCUGAAUUAUUGUUUUGCUUUGGGGAAAAUCCGUGGCUACAAGGACAAGAUGUUUUGGAACUGAAUCAUGUCAAAGCAUACAGCUGGCAUUGAGAAUUGAUCUGCAUUUAGUCCACGAAUAAGUGAAGGGACCAACUGAAAUGCAGGUUAUGUAAUAUUUAACAAACUCCUACUAGAUUUCUUAGAUAGUGGAUAGUGAUAGUGGGCCAGUGGUCAGAGCUGUGUAUGUACUAAUUUGUGUUGGAUGAGGCAUAAUAAUCAGAUACAUUAUGUGUGUAUGCAUGAGCUUGUAUGUUCUAAACUAUAUUACCAAAUGUUUUGGGUCGCCUGCCUUUACAUGCACAUGAAGGGUUAUGACAUCCCAUUCUUAAUCAGUAGGGUUUAAUGUGGAGUUGGCCCACCCUUUGCAGCUAUAGCAGCUUCAACUCUUCUGGGAAGGCUGUCCACAAGGUUUAGGAGUGUGUUCAUGGGAAUUUUUGAUUGAUUCUUCUAGAAGCGCAUUUGUGAGGUCAAUCACAGAUGUUGGACAAGAAGGCCUGGUUCGCAGUCUCCGCUCUAAUUCAUGUGAGGAAAUUUCACGAAUGGACUUAUUGCACAGGUGGGUACCUAUCACGGUACCACGCUUGAAUUCAUUGAGCCCCUGAGAGCGACCCAUUCUUUUACAAAUGUUUGUUAAAACAGUCUGCAUGCUUAGGUGCUUGAUUUUAUACACCCGUGACCAUGGAAGUGAUUGGAACACCUGAAUUCAAUGCUUCGGAGGGGUGUCCUAAAACGUUUGGCAAUAUAGUUAGUAGACAUAAGGAUGCACUCCUUAUGUCUGUCAUUGUGUCAACAUGUGUGUGUGUGUGUGUGUGUGUGUGUGUGUGUGUGUGCAUGUGUUCAGGUCUUAAACACCUCAGCCAAGAUAAUAACAAACUUGCUGAAGUUACAAAACCUUAGGAAAAGCUUACAGUCCUGUCAAUGUUCCACAAAAAGAAAAUACUUCAAAAUGGUUAGACCUCCCCUGGGUUUAAAAAAAAAAGAGUAAGGGAACAAGUUAUAAAAUGGGUAAACGAUGAAUGUAAUGAAUAAAUUAUGGGAGACAGAAACCUGAAAUUUAAUCGACAUAAUGAGAACUAGACAUACAUUUAACACUGAACAAAAUGAAUACUCAUUUUGAUAUGAGCAUUUUGCAUAUCGGUCCAAUAAGUGGCACAAUGGUGCGCAAACAUAUUUGUGUUGUACCAAGUCAUGAACAAAAAAAAGACAUUCUGGUGAAGUGUACAAGGUCUUUUAUCAAUGGUUGCAGUUACAGAAGAGAGGACAUAAAUAGGUUUAAAUUUAGGAAAAGUGUGUGCUUACCGACUCUGUGCCUUAAAACGCCUCAACUCAGUCAGGAUUCCAAUCUAACUUAUGCCGCCCAAAUGCUAUCAUUACACUGAAUUUAGGACUACCUUACACCUUGAUUAAGGAAUGUCAAGGUGCAGGAGGAUUGUGCCAAAUAUUGAGCUUUGCAAUCAGAAUGAAUGUAUACUGUUUGACUGAUUUUCAAUAGUUUGUAUAAAUCAUUGACCAUGCUGUGCCACUACAUUAUACAUAAAUGGUAACUCUUCAAGUUGCUGUGGAAAAGCAGUGCUAGGGUAAGGUCUAAUCAGUAUUUUACACCUAUGUAAUGCAAACAGUGCACUUGUGCUCUUGCCCUUUCUGUCUCAUAACAUGAACACGCCUGCAACUACUAUGUAUCAUUAUUGUUACGCGAGUCUGCAAGACCGACCAAGGCUCGUUAUGUACUGUAUGUUGCCUUUUCUUUUGUCACCUUCUGUUUUUUGGACAUACGAAACGGUGAUGUGAGUUAGAUGUGGCUGUUACUCUCUGUCCUUAUGUUUUCAUAGACAAUGUCACUUGUUUGAUGAGUUUGCCCUGUGUGAAAAAUCAAAAGAAGUGUCAGUGAGAUCCAUGUACCAUCUCAAUCACAAAUUGUGUUUUCUGUUUUUCUUUAAAAAACAAACAAACAACAAAAAAAGAUAUUUUUAAAAAGCCUUGCUUCGGUUCUUAAGGGAUAUUUGUUUGUUUUGGUGUCAAUAAAUACAAACGGCCAUUCCCAUUUGCACAUGAAAUUAAUGAAGAUGUAUUUAUACAUUUAUGAUAAUUUAAUAGGAAUGCCAAAACCGACCACCGAAGCCUAGAACGUAUAAAUGGUAUUUAACGGCAUUGAUGAGUUACGAGCAUUUACACCAUGUAGUUAGCAUUCUAGCGUGUGAAGGAUUAUUUUUGGACUUUUAUUUUCUAUUUGUGUAAUGUUCAAUGUAUCAACCUAUAGGAUUUUUUUGUCAUACAGGGCUAUUGCGUGCACUCUAUGCAAUAGAUUUUGGGUAUAAAAUGCACUCCUUUUGAUCGAAAAUGUUUGUCUGCUUAUACAAAAUCUACAGUACUUGAUUGUAUUGAUACCACAUCAAUAAAAACUUUCUUGUA